AUGAUCAAGCAGAAAGAGGAGGUAAAAAUUUCUAAUUUACCAUUUCCUAAUUCAUUUCUAGUAUCUAGAAAAUUGUCUAACAAUCAACUUGAGAAGGAUGCUAUGAAUUUGUUUAGUAAACUUGCUGUGAAUGUCCCUUUACUUGAUUUCUUGAAAAGAGCACCUAAAUACGUGAGAUUUCUAAAGAAAUUAUGCACUAAUAAGAAGAAAUGUAAACCUAAUGGGAAAGUGCAAUUGGGCUCUAAUGUAUCUGCCAUUUCUAAACCUCAACUCCCCAUUAAAUGUGCUAAUCCUAGAUCUUUCACAAUACUUUGCACUGUUGGUCAACUGAAUAUUGCUAAUGCUCUUUUAGACUUAAGAGCUACAAUUAAUGUGAUGCCUCUUUCUUUAUACACAUCUUUAGGCAUUCAAACAAUUAAGAGCACUAGCAUGUUAAUACAACUUGCUGAUAUGACUGUUAGGAAGCCAAAAGGGUUACUGGAAGAUAUCAUGGUAAAAGUCAAGGACUUGGUUAUCCCUACAGAUUUUUAUGUUUUAGAUAUGGACGCCCCACCCCAUAUUCAAGAAACAUUGAUUUUGGGUAUGCCAUUCCUUAGAACUGCUAAUACGGUAGUAAGUUUGAAAGAUGGAUACAUAACCAUAGAAGUAAGGGAUAAGAAAAUUCAGUUUGAUGUUUAUGAAGCAAUGAAACACCCCUUUAAAGAUUAUUCACUUUUGGAUGUCAAUGCUAUUGAUUGUUUCAUUGAUGAGGCUAAGGUAGAGUAUGAGUGUUCCUUGCAUAAAUUGAAUGAGGAAGAAACUUUGGAUACUGGUUUUUCUUUUCUUGAUGUUAAUUCUCUUUUUUGCCUUGAUUCAUUUUUGGAUGAUAAAGAUGACGUGUGUAGUAUUGACUCUUUGACAGUUGAUAGCUCACUUUCCACUUUAUCAUCUUUUUCUUUUGAUCUAUCUUCUACUAAUGAUGAGGUAUUUUCUCAUGCAUCAAGCCAAGAGCUUGGAAACGAUUUUGUGUCUGAUUUUGUAGAAAUGGAAAAGCUGGCCCAAAGUAUAUUGACCAAGGAAAAGGAAGAAGUUAAUGCAGGUGAUUGA